AUGGACUAUAGAAUACGGCAGCUUAUAUUACUCUUUUGUUGUUUUCUGGGAAAUGUUCUCGUCCAUGCUGGUCAACCAACGCCUGCUAACGGUGCAUGGUGGAAUAGUAAAGGAUACGAUGCAGUCUCCACAGGUCCCGUAGAUACAUCGGGGAACGACGUCAACGAUACGGCUGCGAAUUGUCCUGGUUCGCCAGGAAUGCUCUAUUACAUGCUAGAUGACAUGAGUGUGCCUGGUGUCCACGCUGGAAACAAUACCAUAACCACGCUAUACAAUGGCACUUAUCAUUUCGACGGAGUGUCGAGCUAUAGUCCUGAAAAGAAGAAUGGGUUGUUGAAUGUCACUCCUAGAACACCUGGUGGUGGAGAAGUCGAAUUCUUGUUUGGAUUUCCGAUGCCUGGGAUUGAGGAAUGUGGAUUUGAUGCUACCAACUACACAUUCCUUUUGAUUGAUGUCACUGUGCCGCCCGUGUCCUACUUUAGUAUCGCUUUCGAUAUUUUUGAUGGGACUUGCUCGAGUGUCGCAACAACAAUCAGAACAGACCCAAUCUUUGUGCCUGCUACCGGACGACAACAGACAAUCACAAUCAAUUUGCACAACCUGCUGGCAGGUGGCAAUACCUCAGAUCCAACUGCAAUUUCACGAGGAGAAUACUAUACAAGAAUACGAUACAUUUAUUUCGGAAAAUUCUACUUUAAUCCAAAGUCAGGUGCAUACAGUCCCACACAUCCUGGAUACGACCCACACUUCUUCAGAUUCACAAAGAUCCGAUUUGAUGCUUGUGCUUAUCGCACUCCGUCUCGUAAACGUGUGGUACUCGAACCGCCCAACAGUGCUAUAUUGUUUGGUGUUCAUAUAUCUUAUUCAUCGAAUUACUUACAACCGUACAAACAACAACCUAAUGAAUGGAAUGCGGCCUUCCAGUCAGCGGCAAAGAAACUAGGAGCUAGCAAGACGCUGCAAAACUUUGGACCAACUGUGUUUUGGUUUUUCGUGUCUCUUAAUGGUGAUUUUUCAGGAGCGAAAUGGACGAUAUACAACUACAUGGGAGGUGUGAGAAGUUUGGGUGCUGUGAUGGGAAUAACAAUAUCUUCUGGUGGAUAUGGUAUCUCGGACGCUGUCUACAAUGACAUUGGAUACACUUGUGCCGACGUCAACAAGCGCGGAGUGCCGCUCAUGUUGCGAUGGCAGCCUGAAUUCAAUGCUAAUUGGAUGUCGUAUGGCCAACAGCCGACUGCAUUCAAUCAGUCUUGGAUCAAGCUGUGGACUGCUUUGCAGACUUAUGGUGCUACGAGUACGGCUCUCGUAUGGGCCCCAAAUACUAUUGGGCCAGACAGUUCUCCUUUCGGAUGGCCGUCGAGUUAUAAUGACAAGCAGCUGAUGGAUACUAAUAAGGAUGGGAACAUUGAUGCGAAAGACACGUGGACUCCAUUUUGGCCUGGUGCCAAAUAUGUAGACUGGAUUGGCAAUUCGCUCUACUUUAAGCGAAACCAGUAUUGGAGUGACGCCAAUGAUGCACCCGACUGGGUUUACAAGUUUGUUGAUACUGCAACAGGCAACGGAACAGAGAAUUCCGACUUGUCCUUCUACAACAUCUACGAUUUCGCUGUUCAGCAAGGCAAGCCAUAUGCGCUUGCUGAAGGAGCUGCUGAAUAUCAUUGGGGUGGUUACACGGACUCCAACAACCCACCAUACCCCGGCUCCACAUCAGCAGGAAUACCACGUAAACAAGGAUGGUGGAAGCAACUAUACAUGUCGAAAGAAACUCGCCUAUGGAUGCCCAAUUUAAAAAUGGUGGCACAUUUCGAGUAUUUCAAGUUCGAGUCUGGAGAAUGGCAGGAUUGGAGACAUACUGCUGAUGGAGCUACGCUGAAUGCGCUGGUACAGGAUAUGAAUGAUACCUCUAUACCAGUUGGAUAUAUACUGGGACCCAAUCAGUUUACUAUAUGA